CUCAAAAUUGCUCUUGGAUGAAGCUUAUUAUCAAAAAAGAAAUGCAGCCAAACAUGGUGCUGAUUUACCGAGUUGAAAAAUAUGAUCCCAAAACCGAAGAGAAGGAGCAGCAACACCUUGAAUUACCUACGGAGCCGACUUACCAAGUUGAAAAGUAUAAUCCCCAAACCGAAGAAGUCGAAGAGCAACAACACCUCGAAUCACAUAAACCUAUAAAAAGUGUUGAGAUAAUAAAAUGUGAUGGAGAGUCAAGUCCAACCGCUUCAGAAAUUCUACGUGAAAUCAGUGAGCAGAAACGAAAGUGUGACAAGCUAAACAAAAGGUUAGAGUCUCUUGCCACCUGGAAUUGGGAAGAGGUUAUCAAUGUCAGCAGCGAUCAUGGAGCUUCCGAAGAUGAUCCACAACCCGAUGAUGAGAUGGCUGAUACUGCAGAUUCAAUGGAGAGUUUUUGGAAGAAAUCUAAAAUUCCGCGAGUUGAAAUACAUACCCGUGAAAGAGUUGUUUGAGUCGAUUCCGUCUAAAGCUUUAGUUUUGAUAACUAUUUACUAUGUUUUUUUUUUAGCUUUACUUCAAACCAUGUUUAGUGAGUUUUAAAUUAAUCCAGAUGACUUAAAUUUUACA